AUAUGACUGUAUUUUAGAUCAGUGGUGUCCGCUCAUGUUUUAUACAGUCUAUGGUCAGCUCGAGCGUCUCUGGACAGUAAACAAACAACAUGGCCGAUAGUAGUCGCAAGUGGUUAUGGAUCAGAGGCCGUUUGCUCUGUUUUAUCCCAUUUCUCCUCUCAACUUCGUCUUUAAAUGGAGUUUACGCCGCUCCAGAGAUGGGCCUGUGGACUAUUACAGUGCUUAAUACAUCAAGACCUUUAUUGUUAAGAAAAGCCAUGUAUAAGAAUACUGACAUUCAGCUAAGAGUGGCAUCAUUCGGUUGUCCAGAGGAAGUGAUGUUCUCCAUUCAGUGGUUUCUGAAAUAUUACCCCUGUCACAAUGAGUACAACAAUAUUGAAGAGAUGUAUGAAAAGACACCACUGAGUCGAGGUGAGAGUCUGGACCCGAACCCUCUGGGACCCGGACAGUAUAUUCAACACAAAUACAGGGAAUUAUCCUGCCGCAGUGACAUGCACGUCUUCCCCAUGCUCAAUAAAUCUAAAGCAGAACUGAAAACAGUGAAACCGGCUCAAGUGGAAAGCGAGUUACAGGAUGGCAGUUUCAAAAGUUCUUCUGUUGCUGAGACUGGUUCAUACAGAGCAAAGGAUCAUGUGAUUGCUACGACCUGGAGAGACGGGCCAUACCUGCUGGUAGUUCACAUCAAUUCAAGCAAACAAGAUGUCACCUGGAAUUUAACCUUCAGUGUUGUGAUGAAGGGAACCCACGGCUAUCUCUCUGUCACCGAAUGGCCUCUCAUGAUCUUCUACAUGGUGAUGUGUGUGGUGUACAUCCUGUACGCUCUUCUCUGGUUUGUCUGGGCGUCGUGCUACUGGAAAGACCUGCUGAGGAUCCAGUUCUGGAUUGCAGGAGUAAUUUUCUUGGGCAUGAUCGAGAAGGCUGUCUUCUGUGCUGAAUAUCAGAACACUAACAACGUGGGCUCUGCAUCUCAGGGUCUGCUGAUCUUUGCCGAGCUUGUCUCUGCUCUGAAGAGGACUCUGGCUCGUUUGCUUGUCAUCAUCGUCAGUCUGGGCUACGGCAUUGUCAAGCCGCGUUUAGGCACCGUCAUGCACAGAGUGGUGGGUCUGGGUGUGCUUUACUUCAUAUUUGCUGCAAUUGAGGGCGUUCUGAGGAUCACUGGGGCUAAAGACUCUGACCUGGCCCUGCUGGCCAACAUUCCCCUGGCUCUGAUUGACUCCUCUCUGUGCUGGUGGAUAUUUGUCAGUCUGGCACAAACUAUUAAGACUCUAAAACUCAGACGAAACCCGGUGAAGUUGUCUUUGUACAGACACUUCACCAACACGCUCAUCUUUGCUGUUCUCGCCUCCAUUAUUUUCAUGGUUUGGACGACGAAGAAGUUCCGGUUAGCAGACUGUCAGGCGGACUGGAUGGAGCUGUGGGCGGAUGAUGCUUUCUGGAGGUUCCUCUUCUCCAUCAUUCUGCUGGUCAUCAUGUUUCUGUGGAGGCCGUCUGCUAAUAACCAAAGGUAUGCAUUCAUGCCGCUCAUUGAUGACUCAGAUGAUGAGGAGAUUGAAGAGUUCCUGGUGUCUGCAAACAUCGCUGAUGGGAUAAAGUUGAGGGCAGCUAAGACCGAAACCAAUGGGACGAUGAAGCCUGCAUCAGCUCAUCCGGAUGAAGAUUUGAAGUGGGUGGAGGAGAAUAUUCCUACCUCUCUGACUGAUGUAGCUCUUCCUGUUCUUCUGGACUCAGAUGAGGAGAUCAUGACCACCAAGUUUGAGAUGUCUAAAAUGGAGUGAGGUUGAGAAAGCACCGCAGCUGAAGCAAACCUCCAGAGAUCAACCAAAACUGGCAUCUGACCCUCACCGGAGAGCGUUUCCUUCCUUCGCUCCGGUUGGGUGGUGGCUUUUAGGUCCAUUGAAGGAAUCGUGCUGAAGAAGCUGAUCUAGAUGCAGAACUACAUGACCUUCUUUGAGGUGUUACCUCGCUCUCUUUUAUUUUUCUGAACUGUUUAAACGUCCAGAAGACUUUAACGUCCUCAUCAUUCUGUAUAAAGAGACGACGGUCUAUGUUUAGAAACUUUUGUGAUGACAUACCUGAAAAAAUUGUGAGGAAGUAUUUAAAUGGGUUAAACUUUGAUUAAGAACUUCAAGUUGACCAAAGUGUCUUCUCUGUUCGGUAAGUUAGUCUUUGGCUGUAUAUAAAGUGUUAUUUUAAAUGUUUUGUCUCUGAUCUCAGCACAUGAUCAUGUGAAUAGUAGAAUGUGUGUUGGAUUUGUAUUUGCGAGUUUGUACAGGGAGUAAUAUAAAUGGGCAGAUUGAGUAGUUAUAUAUUCUGAAUGAUUUGAUGAAGUUGUUUUGUUUUGUAGAGAGCCCAGCUCAACUUUUCUCACUUUAAAAAAAGAAACCCCAAAAUCGAAAUGGUUGAUAUUUAAUCAUCCUCAUCUCGUCUCAAACCCACAAGCCUGUUUUGGCCACAAGAGUAAAAAAUAAAUAGGUAAUAAAAUAAAAAAGGUAAUUGCAUCUUUUUAUUUUACAAUUCAGCAUUUUUUCUUUCAGUUCUGAGAAACUGCAAGACAUAAACCCAGAUUUAUGACUUUUUUUCUAGCAAUAAUGGGUUUACAUCUUGCAAUUCUGAUUUUUUUUCUUUCAAUUGCACUUUAUAUCUCAGAAAUUAAACUUCUCAGAAAUCGUAUUUGUAUCUUGCACUUUUGAGUUUAUACCUCGUGGUUCUGGAGGAAACCGUAGAACACAAAAGGAGAAGUUUAAAGCACAAUUUAGUAGUGCAUGCAACUUGUGCACUAUAUUCCAAAUCUUCUGACAUGAUGUGAAAGCUUUGUGAGAGGAACAGCACUAAAUUUAACCCUCUCUUGGCCAAAAGCUUUCCCCCUCACAAAAUGCAAUCUGAAUACUUUUGUGAAUGAGGUUUGAGAGCAGUGUACUUUUGAUUGAGUAUGAGUUUGAACAUAGUACAUGAAUUUGACUUUUAUGAUGGAGUUUUGUGUUUUUUGUUUCUACGAUGCAUUUUUGGCGCUUGAACUUUAAUAGUAUGCAAAGAAGUAGCAUGGAUUUAAUUUGACGAAAAGGAGUUUUGUGGGUUUGAAACAGCA